GUGAACGUGUCUGACCUUCGUCAAAUAUACUAUCUUAAUACAUAAUGAAAACACAGAAUAAAAGAACAGUGUAGCCUACCUUAAAGACCCGGUUCGAUGCUGACUUGUCGCAAAAGCUGAGUAAAGGAACCGGUCUGUAAUUUGUAUAUGCUACAAUGCACAAACCAACAUUCAAAAUUUAGCGCCCUCUCACAGCGACCAGUAGCUAUGGCUGCGCCCAUUCACACAGUGGGGGCAGCAAAUGGCUAUGGCUGCAUUCGGAGCUCGGCCCUACUCGGCUUGGGGGUGUUCGCCUGAUGUCAUUUGGCAGAACGGGAGGCUGAGCUAACGGUAGGCUUACGGAUGGAAAGCACAACAAUAACGUUGCUGUUAGUCGGUUUUGGACGUAGCGUUAAAACCCGAGUCUAGUCUCUGCACCGUUGUCCAGGGAGAGGAAGAAGAAGAAGAAGAAGAAGAAGAAGAAGGAGACGAGGAGGUAAAUAAAGCUGGCUGACUAACGGACUGAAAAUACCAGAUGCUUUUCCAGAGGAGAAGGGGAACGGGCUCGACUAAGCAAGAGAGGGAGAUGUGUUCUCGUUUUCCUGACGGGUAACAUUAGAUCUUGGCUAAAAACACGGACAUUACGAAGUGAAGGCAACUUGCGUUGCUUCCCCUGCACCUCCGUUUGUGUGACAUUGUGUGUGAAAUGCAAGCGCAGACGUGGUCUCGGUCGUUGAGCGGGCUCUGGGCCGCAGUUCGACACCCUGAGUCCGAAUCUGGGAAGUAGCUAGCUUGGCUAGCCGCAGCUGUACCCGAUGCUGCUGCUGCUGCUAAACGGAUACGGAAGACAACACAGAUGGUCCAGGGCCUUGGUGCUAAGUGAGCUACAGUUUUACUGUGCUAACCUACAACGACCAUUUGAGAUGUGAUGAUUUUGUGUUUCGUAUUUGAACAUUCUGUAGCUGGAUGCUCUCGCUUGCUUAACGCGGAGGAGCUAACGUUGCUGCAAAAUGCACAGCAGAACCACAGCAGCGGGCUUCUGUUGAAGGGGGCGAGGUUAGACUGAUAACAGCCCACCCUGUGUCUCUCAACACCCGGGGUCACACUUGGACAACGACCACCGCAUUUUCCCACGCCAUUCACCGCUUCAUCAGCUGGAGAUAUGGAUAAACUAACGAUCAUUUCAGGGUGCCUGUUUCUGGCAGCGGAUAUCUUUGCAAUAGCCAGCAUUGCAAACCCAGACUGGAUCAACACUGGUGAAUCAGCAGGUGCUCUUACAGUUGGUCUAGUCCGGCAAUGUCAGACCAUCCACGGACGAGACCGGACCUGUAUCCCGCCCCGGCUGCCCCCAGAGUGGGUAACCACGCUUUUCUUCAUCAUCAUGGGCAUCAUCUCACUCACAGUCACCUGUGGACUACUGGUGGCAUCACACUGGCGCCGGGAAGCCACCAAAUAUGCCCGCUGGAUUGCCUUCACUGGCAUGAUCCUGUUCUGCAUGGCGGCCCUGAUCUUCCCCAUAGGCUUCUAUAUCAACGAGGUGGGAGGCCAGCCGUACAAGCUACCGAACAAUACAGUGGUCGGCUCCUCGUACGUGUUGUUUGUUCUCUCUAUCUUCUUCACCAUAGUGGGACUGCUGUUUGCAGGCAAAGUUUGCCUCCCAGGCUGAGGACUCGACUGUGGCUGCCUCUGAACUGAAACAAGAGGCUUCUGAAGAUUUUAUGGGAUUUACAAAACACACACAGACUGAAAAUCAAAUACAACAAACUCUGGCCAGAAGUCUCAAAAAGGGAAGUGUCUUAUGUGUCAAGGGACCGCAGCACCAUGGAGUAUCUAACUACUAAAAGAUGCAAACGAACAAAACACUAAAGGGGGACGUUGGCAUGAAGGGGAGGAGGAGUGUGAGGGAAGGCAGCUCAGGCUGAGCCGUUGAUUUAAGAUAUGGUCGACUGUCUGUUGUUCUGAUGGAAAGGGUGCUUAAUGUGCCUCUGUCAUGGCAACUGUGGCCAAAGUGCUGGCACACAUUUCUUGAGGACCAAUAUAGCCACUCCUCGACUUGACCUCCGGCCGCCCGCUCCGUUGCCCUCAGCACACGUCUGUGCCGUCACAACUGCUCCUGAUGCUAUUUUUGGCUUCUCUUAGCUAUUUCAGUUGUGUGUUUUUUUUCGUUGUUGUACAUUUUGUAUUCUUAUUUUUUUCUUGCGCCUCCCGCUGCCCUUCCACUGAAGUAGUCUGAGUGUAAUUGAGGUUCCCUGAACUGAACCCUUGAGGGAUAUUGAGGGGAUUGUGCCAGCUUGGCAUUAGAGCAGGGUCUGUUCUCACCCAUUACAUCACACAGCCCCAGGUGUGUGGUAGUGGAGAGCAGCUGUGAUUCCAGCUGUCUAGGCCCACACACAGGCUGCUGUGGAUGAGAGGGAGGCGCAGGUGUGCCGCCUUUUUGUCUCCAACCAGCUCCAGCUUAGGAGCAGGUAGCAACAAGUGGUGACCUCCAUGGGCAGAGGAAUGGGAGGUUAAGUACCAUAAAGGAGAAUGCCACUCAAUGUAAGACCUUGCAUAAUGUUAUUUAUAUGGACAGCAAUAAAACAUCUAAAUGUAGAUAGAUGUUUUGCUAAGCUAAACCGAUGACACUAAUGCACAUCUUUUGCCAGUGACUAGACGACUGUGAAUAAGACAGAGUAAUCAUCUGAACAUAAAUACUGUACACCACUUGUAUUUGUAGUAAUAAUCUUAAUCCUGUUCCGUGUAUCCACAAGCACAGUGACCUUUUCAAAGUAUUUUUCAAAGAUGUACAUCUUUGUGGUGUUACAUUUUGAAGGGUUAAGAUGAACUCGUUUAUCGCUACUUAUAGCAAACAGUAUUGACUUUAAUAAAUAGAAGAUGAAGUGUUAACCUAAGAUGUGAAAAUAACAUGUGAAUGCUAAAAUAUUGGUGGUAUUCUCCUUUAAUGUUGCAUAGGAAAGAAGUGAUCCAGGAGCAUUUUUUUUUCUUGUUUUGUACAGCAGUGAAGGCACUGGGACUGCAGGUCAGGUCCAUGCAUGGGGCUGUGCCUCAGUGUGCUGCUCCAGAGGUCUGUGAAUAAAACACACACACACACACACACACACACUGGAUCCAGAAAAUGUCAUUUUUACUUAAAGAACCUCUAAAACUAGUAAUUAUUAAUUGCAGAUUUUUUUUCUUGAUAACUACUCUGAUUGAACUCUCAAAAAGUGACCAGCUGCCAAUUACAAGUUUUUAAAGGCCAAGGUGAUGUCUUCACAAAAGCAGUGAGAACAUGCACACAACCAGAUGCAGGCCAGUACAAGUAUCAGUGCAAGUGCAGUAAAAUAUAAACAUGGCACAACUCCUGUCGAGUACAGCGCAUUGAACCAGCAGGCAUUUGUGGCCGUCUCGCUGACAAAAGAGAAAACUGAGUAAAACCAAGUUAUGGAGCCAAAGUUAUUGUACUUUGGAGGCUUUGUAGGAUGUUAGUAGGAAAUAUACUGUUGCCAUGUUUACAUUUUUGGCUCACUGGCAGUAUUUGAGCAUAUGCAGUAUUAGCUAUUGUCAGUUGCUGUUUGAAGUGUAUCAGUGGAUGUAGACCAUCUCUGGGUUACUCAUGUACCGAAGAAAACCUCAAACUGUCAGGCCGCUCCUGGAAGGCCUCCCUCCCAGCGUGAGAGUGUCUGACUUUAUACAAAACACCAAAUUCAGUCAAACAAAUUUUUCAUAAAACACUGAAAUCUUUCCAUUUCUGAACAAUGAGUUUGAUUUCUCCUUAAAUAGUACAUGUCCUUCACACAGCCGUCACUCACGAGACCAAUUCGUAACCCACAGAUUUACAGUUUAAUGUUAUGUAAAAGACAGAGACAAGCUGCAAAUGCAGCAGUUUGGAAGAUGAAAACAGUGAGCGUUUAUCACAUCUGCCUACAAAAUCGAUUAAGUUAUUAAUCCUUUAUUGAAACAGUUAAUUUUCUUGAGCUGUUCCACAUAUACAUGCAAAAAAACAGACACAUACAGUCAGGUCCAUAAAUAUUGGGACAUCGACACAAUUCUAACAUUUUU